CUGAAAUCGGCUCAACGACAAGAAAAAACAGCGGAACGAAGGAAAAUUUCCGAAGAUGACCGAAUCAACGCCGCAAUUGUCAUUCAGUCGGGCUGGCGAGGACAUAGAGUAAGGAAAAAAUAUAAGACUAAAAGCGAUGAAUUAACUCCACAAAACGCAAUGGCUUACACCAUAUUAGUAGUUAUUGGUAAUCGGUGGGCAGCAGAAACCGAUCAAGAUCUCUUUAUUAUCAUUUAUGGUGAACAUGGAAAAAGCGAAAAGCUUUAUUUACGUCAGGAUGCAUAUGAGGCGAAAUUUCGGCAAAACAGUAUUGAUAGUUUUCAUGUGAAAAUUGAUGCACUUGGAAUUUUAGACAAAAUUAUUCUAGGCCAUGAUCGUAUUGGAUACGGAGCGGGUGUUUUCAUCGAACGAAUCCUAAUAGCGGAGAAUAUUGUCGAUGGUCGGCAAUUCUUAUUUCAAUGCAACAAAUGGUUUGAUAGUGGGCAAGCGGAUGGUAAAAUUGAGCGAACGAUUAAAAUCACCGCAUAUUAUUUUAUUUCGUCAAUGCCUGAUGAUCCAAAUUCCACAAAAGGCAGAUGGGAAUUAAUAAUUUAUUUUGGUAAAGAAGAUGGAACUGGAUGGACCACUUCAAAUUUGAAUGUAAUUGGAUAUGGUUCACAUGGAAGUUCAGCAACCAACAAAAUCUAUGAUAGCAAUUUUACUAAGGCACCAUCUCAAGCUUUAAUUCAGGUGGACUUUGGUGAUAUUGGUGAUUUAUUAAAAGUACGGAUUGAAAUAGACGGUAAUGGCAUUAAUCCAGAUUUUUUUUUGAAUAAAGUCGAAUUGAAAGAUCUUGAUACGGAUGAAAAAAUGGUUUCAAUUGUUAAGAAAUGGUUAAAAUUCAGUGGCGCUGAAAAAUAUAAUCAGCCAUUUCGCGAAUUUCCAGUUUUUCGUACAGCACUUGAACCAUUAUGCCUUUUAAAUUACGAAGGUCGUCUGAGAUUAGGAAAUCGACGUAAUAUUAAAACAUCGCUAUGUUUCAUGCAAAUCAUUGGCGAAUUAAGUGAAACGGGAAAAUUCCCUAUUAAUAUUGACCGUAAGCAUUCAUCGAAAUCAAAGUGUUUUCUUUAUCAUUCUCUUAAAAUCGAAGUACCUUCAUUGAUAUCCCAACUAAUAGCACUUGAGCAGUUUCGCCGGAACUUGCCAUGCACUCCAGAAAUUUUGUUCAAAGCAGAAUCAGUAUAUAUCGGCCGCAUACAUAGCGUACGAAUUUAUGUCGAUUCAACCUCAAUAGGUGAACAAUUAUAUGAAGGAAUGUGUAUGUUACAAACGAUUUACGACAAUCGGUUUGUACCGCAUAUAGGAGUUGGAAUUGAAUGGCUCGUUGAACGAAUCGUUAUCCGAGAAUCAUCCCAUACGCCUUAUAGAUUUAUGCUUGGAUAUAGUCGAGUAAGAAAUGCACAAGAGGAAAAUGAUAUAUAUAAGGAACUUGUUUUAUCAGGUAUGGAAGGAUUGCCAACAAAAAUAAGUAAAAAGAAGUCGCAAAAAAAACUAUGUGCCCAGUGGAUCUUAUCUAUAACAAUUGGUGAGCAAAGUACUUUAAUUCCUAAAGUAACGCUGUGCUCAGAAACAAAAAAUGCGGAGAUGGUUCUCGUUAGUCGAACAGCAACUGAUGGAAUCAUCAACUUUCAGAUUGUUUUAUAUGAUUCCGCAAAUGGCGACGAACCAAGGUUUUCAAAUGUUGGUGCAAUUAUGACCUCAGAAUGUGUUGUAGAAUACGCUGCUGUAUGGCCAGAUAUUCCUCCGAUACCUUAUGUUAAUUAUGAAAUUACAAUUAAUACUGGAGAGUUAUCUGGAAAUUUUAUCGUAUAUUUAAACUUAAUUGGUACUAAAGGCGAUACGGGUUUUCGACGAUUGGUAAACAAUGAAACAAAUCCUUUGCAAGCAGAUUCGAAUAGUGUAUUUCAAGUAAAAGCUGUUUCUAUUGGCGAUGCAAAAAUGGCUGAAAUCGCUCUAAGAAGCGAAAAGACACCUAUACUUUGGUCAUGUGAACAAAUUCACGUCUUGGACAACGUUACGAAUUUGUUCUAUGUAUUUCAUCUUAAAAAGUUAGUUGAUUUAUCAUGA